UCAGAGCCCGCGGGUUGAAGAAAACGUUUUGGUCAAACUUUGCGUGUACCAAGUGUGUCGUUGAACAAGAAUCUUUUUAUAAUUGCAAUAGAGAAAGCCAAAGAAAAUAUAGAAGCAAGCCAAAAAAAAUUUAGAAAAAAAUAAUAAUAGAAAGCAUUAAAAAAAAAAUUAACAACCAACACAAGCACAACAAAUCAUAAAAAGUCAUUUUUGUUACAAAACAAAACGUUCCAUACUUUCUCGCUCAUACACACACACACACAAACACACACAGAAAGUCACGCGAAAAAAAAAGUAAGAAAAAAUCACAGCGAGAAGAAGCAAAUCAGCCUCCAGUCAGUCUAAAUCAUUGCGUAUCGAAACGAAUUUAAUCGAGCUGAGUUUUUUGAAUCAAAGCCAAAUCCAAAAAGAAAGAAAAAUUCCGACGAAGAAGAAAAAACAAAGAGGAAGUGCCCUACAACACUGCCAGCCAGCCAGCCAGCCAGUGUGUCUGUCUGUCUAUCCGCCAGUCAGUCAGUCAGACUAUCGACCGUGAGUGAGUUAGUGAAUGAGUGAGUUAGUGAGUGUGUGUGCGUCCGUGUGUAGGAAAAGCAAGUGAAAUAAGUGUGGAAAACGGAAAAAAAUAUACAUACGACGACGACGACGACGACGACAACUACGGCGAAUACUUCGACAAGUAUAUCGAAAUCCUCGUUUUGGGGUGUGAAACACACAACAUUCAGUAUUAACUGAUACGAACCACAACAACAACAAAUUCAACAGAAAAAAAAAAACAAAUAAAAAACAAAAAAAAAAACCAAAAUCUAAACCAUUACUGCCGUUGGAUUACUGAAAAUCUGUACAAAUAAAUCUACUACACGAACAACAACCAACUAGACAACUAGAGACAAGGAAAACUAACAGCAGUAGCACCAGCAUCGGCAUCAGCAACCUUAGCAGGAGCAACAGAGAAAUUAAAAGCCAGACCACGAGAAAAGCAAAAAAACAAAAAAACACAAAAAACGACGUACGAUAACAAAAGACCACUCGCCCAAUCAAUUAGACCACAUUGUAUGCGAACCGAAGUGAGCUUGCGGCCAAUUUCAUGUUAAUUACCACGAUCCUAGUAACCCGACUGCCUGCCACUGAAGAAAGUAUGCAAACAUUCGAGUUGAGAGCGAGCGGUUGUACGAAAGGACUGCACUCGAAGUCAAUCAAGGAAGGACAAACGGUUUCGCAUAAGAGGUGUUUCCACUGAUAAGAGCCCCAAGUCGUAUGCGGCACACAAUUAAGCCAACUGUCCAAUAGACGAGAAACCAAAUCCUUUAGAAACGCACUACCACUUGCCACAAAUACACUCAAACACAGCCACAGGCACAGCAACAACCACAACUACGACUUGCGACUUCAACCAACACUGCAAUUGCAACUGCCAAUUAAGUGAAAUAUGACUCUUGUGGCUUAAUACCUGAUACAAGGUGCGUCUGAGGUUGAAAAGAGAAAGCCACAGAUAGAUAGAGAGAGAGAGAGAGAGCGAGUGAAUAAAAGUCAAAUCAAUUAGGGGCUAUCCAGAAAUGAUGACAUUCCACUGAUGCUGCAUUUGCAAAUCAAUUCUCCUUGUGCACGAGCUAAAAGGAUCAUCUCAAGGACAAACUGCGGCCCAAAUACUCCACGGAGAAGUCAAUGCGCCACGAAAAGUGUCGGUAUAACGGGCUCUAAGCAUAUCGAGAAUUCCAAUUCGCUUAAUCGCGCGUGUCGACCGUGUCAAUUUGCCGCCAUCAUAGCACGGGCUAGACUGCACUGUGUUCGUAGCCAUAUCCGUAUUCGCCUUCGCGUCUGUAUUCGCACUCAGAUAGGCAGUCGCAAGCGUACGACGACUGUGAUCGUGCAUCGGCCGCAGAGCUUUGAGAACGUGCCAAAUUUUCGUUUGUUAUUCGAAUUUAUUCAACACCAGGAUUGUGCAGAAUUUUAUACGAUACCGCUUAACAGCAAACGCUUACCUACUUCAUGUGGCAGAGGUAGGCGGCGUUGGAGGCGGCUUGGCGACUUGCGCGGUCGAUUGUUGGACAAGCAGGGGAGCAGAAGGCAUAUUGGCGCAAGGCUGCCCUUUGUAGGCGAUGCACCGAUUUGCGGAAAGAGUGGGUGGACCUGGCCUAAGAUGGGGAGCGUGCUGUUUGCAGCUGUGUUCAUAGCGUUACAUUUUGCCACCGGCGGCCUGGCCAACCCAGAUGCAAAACGUUUAUACGACGACCUCUUGAGUAACUACAAUCGCUUGAUAAGGCCUGUGGGCAAUAAUUCUGAUCGUCUAACGGUCAAAAUGGGUCUACGUUUGUCACAACUAAUUGAUGUGAAUUUAAAAAAUCAAAUCAUGACGACGAAUGUAUGGGUCGAACAGGAAUGGAAUGACUACAAAUUGAAAUGGAAUCCUGACGAUUAUGGCGGCGUUGAUACCUUACACGUACCUUCUGAGCAUAUAUGGCUGCCGGAUAUAGUUUUGUAUAAUAAUGCUGAUGGUAAUUACGAAGUGACAAUAAUGACAAAAGCAAUUCUCCAUCAUACCGGGAAAGUGGUGUGGAAGCCACCUGCCAUUUACAAAUCGUUUUGCGAAAUCGAUGUCGAGUACUUUCCCUUCGACGAGCAGACAUGCUUCAUGAAGUUCGGUUCAUGGACAUAUGAUGGUUAUAUGGUGGACUUGCGGCAUUUGAAGCAGACGCCGGACUCCGAUAACAUCGAAGUUGGCAUUGACCUUCAGGACUACUACAUCUCGGUGGAGUGGGACAUAAUGCGAGUGCCGGCGGUGCGCAAUGAAAAGUUCUACAGUUGCUGCGAGGAACCGUAUCUGGAUAUUGUCUUCAAUCUGACGCUGCGCCGCAAGACCCUCUUUUAUACGGUCAACCUAAUCAUACCCUGCGUGGGCAUAUCGUUCUUAUCCGUCUUGGUCUUCUAUUUACCCAGUGAUUCGGGCGAAAAGAUCUCAUUGUGUAUAAGCAUUUUACUAUCGCUGACUGUGUUUUUUCUACUGCUCGCGGAAAUUAUUCCGCCCACCUCAUUGACGGUGCCUCUAUUGGGCAAAUACUUGUUGUUCACCAUGAUGUUGGUUACCCUGUCGGUAGUGGUAACGAUUGCGGUGCUCAAUGUUAACUUCAGGUCGCCGGUGACACAUCGAAUGGCUCCUUGGGUCCAAAGAGUUUUCAUUGAAAUCCUACCAAAACUCUUGUGCAUAGAACGUCCCAAAAAGGAUGACCCCAAUGACGAAGAAGAUGACCAACCUCAAGAAGUUCUGACAGAUGUCUUCCAUCUGCCACCUGAUAUCGAUAAAUUCGUUAAUUAUGAUACAAAACGAUUCAGUGGCGACUACGGUAUACCAGCAAUUCCCGCCCAACGCUUUGGCGAAUUUGUCGGUACCGCUGGUAUAUCUCCGUGUUUUGGAGAUCCACCCCUGCCUUCAGCACUGCCAUUGCCGGGAGCCGAUGAUGAUCUCUUCAGUCCGACCACUGUUAAUGGAGAUCUAAGUCCUAGUUGCUGCCCGGCAGAUCUCAGUCCAACAUUCGACAAGCCGUAUUUGGGUGAAAUGGAGAAAACAAUCGAAGGAUCCCGCUUCAUAGCCCAGCACAUGAAGAACAAGGACAAAUUCGAAAGUGUCGAAGAGGAUUGGAAAUAUGUGGCCAUGGUGUUGGAUCGAUUGUUCCUGUGGAUAUUCGCCAUAUCUUGUGUGGUGGGCACUGCGUGGAUUAUUUUGCAGGCGCCCAGCUUGUACGAUCAGUCGCAGCCAAUCGAUAUUCUAUAUUCGAAGAUUGCCAAGAAAAAGUUCGAACUGCUGAAAAUGGGCAGCGAAAACAGUUUAUAGCGUCCAGUUGGGUUCGCAGAGGGCUGGUGGAAUAUUCUCAUCAGGUCUCUGCGAACCCUGUUCGCCGCUCGCGAUGACGAUCGUGGAUAAUAUCCAGCUGUCAUUGUGGAGGUGAACGCGGAGCCACUCAAUAACACAACACUCGAGUUCGAUAUAGGAGAGCAAGUGAUCAAAAUAGAAUUUGAUAAUGAAGAUUAGGAAUAGUUUUAAUCCAAUACCAAAUCUGGCUCAAUACAGCUCAUGUCUAAACCAAAGGAAAACACAAAACGACAACAACAACAACACAGCCGCUGAGAUGUCCCGUCGCAAAACAACAGGCAACAAAAACGACCACCUAUUGACUGUCAUCCAUAAACCCCUCCAUAUUUAGGCAUGAACGAACGAAUGAAUGAAUGAAUGAACGACAGCGCAGCAUCUCAGUGUUAAGCUAAUCGCAUUGCAUUGCAGGCAUUGUAGUCAAUCAAUCAAUGAAAAAUAGAAAUUCGCACACACCACCACCACCUCCAACUAGGCACUCCCCGAUCCCCACACACCCCAUUUCACAACAACACCUUUUCCACAUUUUGUGCCAAAGAAGAGCAUCCGAAAAUCACAAAAACUGUCCCCUGCUUGCCCACCCUUCCCCUCUGCUGUCACAAAUACACCUCCAUAUGCAACAAGAGCUACCAAAACAAAAAAAAAAAACAGCAACUGCCACGACGAACUGACAAUGCAGAGAACUCCAAAACAAAGCACAAUCCUGCCAUCAAUUCGCAUUCUUUUGCCAUUUACUAACAACACCAACACUAACGCCACCACUACCACCACCCUCGUCCCCACCCUCUUUGGAAUUGAUUGCCAUGCGAAUGCGAUUUCAAUUUGGUGUAAUGUGUGUAUUUACACACAUAAAUGAGAUUGCACGUACUAUGUAUUCAUGUGUAUUGUGCCAUAAAACAACAAUAAAAACAACAACAACAACAACAACAAACAAAGACAAAGAAUAAAACAUGCAAACAAACAGCAAACAGCAAAAAAUCCAAAACGAGUUCCUUUACCACAUCAAACAAGAACAAAAGCAACGCAAAACAGCACAGAGGACGCAUUCAGUCUCAGUCUCGCAAAGCAACCAACAAAACGCCCUCAGUCACACACCUAAACACUCAGACUCGUUCACAAUUCACCACACAACACCAGCCAACCUACCAAGCAACCAUACACACACACACACCCACACACAAAAAUUAGUUAAGUACGAUUAUCGAAACAAACAAAAGCUUAAGCACAUCAACGAAUUCUAUAGAUAUGUAUGUAUGUCAAUAAAUUACUGAGACUCGAAUAACCCUCGCAAAAACAAAAACAUACUCACAAACACACCCACACACACACACACACACACAACUAAAAUCAACAGCAUACUCCAACUAAAUCUCUUCUCUCACUCUCCUAAUCUCUGCCUUGUGAACAGAGAUCUUUGUAUGACAUGAACUCUUGAAGCAAUGGCAAGGGCCUGCACUUGAGUCUUCCCUUUCUCCCCGCGGGGGACUAGCUAGCAAACGAAUGUGGGGGAUAAAGGAUCGGCAGUAUAGGUAAGAGAUCUUCAAGCAGCUUAGCCAUCAAAGACUUGGCCCAAAAGGCGUAUGGACACUUUUAUGGAAUUGACUACUCAUGCGAGUAGGUAGCUUAACAGACAGACUGUGUGCACAUGGCAAUGCUGGGGACAACCGACCGGGGCGGGGAGCAAGCACCCGCCCCAACUCUUUUGACUGUAUAUGGUAGGGUGGGGCAUUAAAAUAAUGCUAGUGGCCAGAGAUUAAUUGAAAUUCCCCAAUUGAUUGAUGUUUGCCAACAUUCAAAAUUAAUUGAAAAAUGUUUUUGUGCGGUGGAUGAAUAUGUUAAUAAGCACCUUCAUUGGCUUACGGACUGGUUCGGCCCUUGGCUUACAACCACCAUUGGGGUGAGUAGCAAGAAGGAGAAAACGUUUACACGGGCGUGCUUGCCAUACGCUGUGAAGGACAUUCAUUAUCAGUGAUAUCUAUGGAUUGCGAUUUUCUUAUUUAGCAUAAGGCGUCAUUCGAAUGAACGGCACACAUACAGAAACACACACGUAUUGUAUUGAAUUAUUUUUAACUUUCUUUUAAAAAAAAAAAAAGCAACCACACCAACCAACAAACAACAGUGUGUGUUUUCUUUUAAUUAUUAUUUUUCACAAUGAAUUUAAGACAAACAAACCAAAAGGAUAAACUAUAGAAAGCCAAAAAACAACAACAACAAAAAACAAGACAUCAAAACUACAACAACAACAACAACCACAAGAAAAUUAAAAACAAAAGAUAAGUAAUUAAAUUACCUUCUAAGUGUAAAAAUGCAAAAGUAAAGUGGACAAAAAGUUAACAUUUUUUUAAUAAACAACCUAGAUUUUAAAGAACUUACAUUUAACUAAAAGACAAAACAAAACAAAAAAACUUGAAAUAAAAAAAAACAAAAACUUGAAAAAUUCCAAAAAAAAAACAACAAUAACAUUUAGUGUAACAUAAAUGUAAAAAAAACAACAACAACAAAAAUAAAUGCUAAAACAAAUUUUUGAAAUAAAAUUCCAAUUAAUGAAUGAAAAAUAACUUAUAACUAAAUAUAAAUGAAGGAUUAGGCAAACACAGACACAGACAAAACGAAAAAACCCAAAACAAAUCCAAAAAAGAGCAGAUUAAAGGCACACAAAGACCCAAAACUACCGAUACUUAUGGCAUUCAAUUGUCUCUCGCUGGCAUAGGGCCUUAGGGUUCUAUUUCAAAAGAGAACAAACAGCGUAAUUAUGGUCUCGCGCAGUCUCUCUCUCUCACACACACACACACACACCACAUCACAUGGAAUUGCUCACCACCACACCAGCCAGUGUACGUACACCCCCACUCCUUCUCUCUGUAAAGAAAUCAAGCAAAGGCUGAUCUCGAAAUUGAUAUUGACUAGAAAAGGAAAAUACCUAUAGAAAAGUCAAAAUGCCAAUAAAAGCAAAUCCACUUAGUUUAAGGUUCUUGUGAAUGUACAAACGAUCUUGCCACUCGUCGUCGACACUCACUAUCAUACACACACACACACGCCCACACACAUACAAGAUGCGCCAUAAAUGCAAAUUCUAUUGUAAAUACUUACUAUUUCUACCCAAUAACAACAACAACAACUGCUAAAUGAAAAUCCAAACAAAUGCAAUUGCAAAACAACAACAACAAGAUUUUGUUGAGCUUUUUCACAAAUCCGUUUUCUAAUGACUUUUUUCCUUUUGGGUUUUUUAACUUUAGACAAUCAGCGGAAAUAAUAAUAAUAAUCCAAAAAAAAAACAAAAAAACCAAAAACACACACACACUCACACACAAACCCACGAAAUUUGUAAGAUAAAUCAUUUUUUCACCAUCGCCAUCAUCAUCAUCAUGCGUCCGACCGAUCAGCAACCCCCCUAUCCCACAGUCCUCUAUCAGUUCCUAUCGUUUGGCCCCUUUGGUUUUUUCGAGUUUUUAUUCACCGAAUAUCCAAAUAAUCAUCAAUAACGAGUAAAGUAUUAAUCACCACACACACACACACACCUAAACUCACUAAUCAUUAUACUAAAUAAAUAAUUAUAACAUCAUUUCGCCACAAAAGCAAAAAUAUAAACAAGACGCUAAUAAAAAAUCAACAACAAGAACAAAAUAUAGAAAAGAAAAAAAAAAGAAAAACUUUACAAUAAUAUGCUCUCAUUGGUUGUGUUUUUAGAUAAAUAAAAGAGGAAACGUUACAAAUUAGACUAUUUUGUUAAUUUCGCUAACCCAAACCAAAACCCCCACCCCCACGCCCUACCUCCCCAUAUCCCCUCCACACUCAAAACGUGACAGUGACUAACUCAAAGUUGCACUAAAAAGCGAGCAAAAGAAAAAAAAUAAAAACAAAGCAAAACUUUUGUAAAAUGAAUUUCCUAAAUGACAUUUGUUGAAACGUGUAAUAAAAUUUUUGUUUUUAUGUUUAAGAUAUUCUUGUUUGUUUCUCCUUUUUGUUAAUUCUUUGCAAAAGACAAAUGCCACAUACUGUGUUUAUUUGUAAAAUAAUUAGCAUUAUUUAAAGUAAUAACAACAACAACAACAACAAGAACAACAGAAAAAAUUAAACUAAACAAAAAUAAAAAAUAAAAAAAAAACAAAAACAAAUCAACAAUUAUUUGUACAUUUAGGAUUACUAAUAAUAAUUAUAAUAAUGAUAAUAAUUAUAAUAAUAAUGAUAAAAACUAUAUAUAUAUAUAUAUAUAAAUGUUAAUUAAAAAGGAAAAAAACAAACUGCCACAAAAAAGACAAGGAAAACAAAACUAGUCAACGUAAAGUGAAACUAAACUUUCUCUCUCUCUCUCUCUCUCUCACUCUCUGAAUAACUGUCUCUCGCUCUCACUCCAUCACUCACUCUAACGCUAGCUCAUACAAAUCAUGCGAAGAACACACCACCAUUCACAUACAUAGUCACACUCACACACUCACACAUGCAAUUGAAAUAAAAUUGACAAAUUAUAAACGGGGUUCGAAGUUAACAUUGUGGGUAAGAUUGUAAUUAAUAAACAAAAAACAAAACAAAACCAAAAAUAUUAAUAAAUAUAAAUGUAUGUAUAAGCCAUAAUUUCUGACAUUCACACCAACAACACCACUAGCAACACCACAACACCACAACUACCACUACACCAAACCGCAUCGUUAUCAUUAGCAUUUCCCUUUCCGAAAAAGACUUCAUUCAUUUGUAAAUGUAUACAUACAUCAUUUUCACACGCACCGACACACACACACACACACACACACCCACACUACAAACAUAAGGUGUCAACAACAAGGUUUAGCGUUAUCAAUUCUAAAUGUUUUUAACAAAUUAAAUACUAAAAACACACACACACUCACACGCACAUACGCAUACGCAUACGCAUACGCACACCCUUUAAACCCAUUUAGCCAAAACCAAAGAAAUUUACUAAUGAUGAUGUAUGGUAGCUAGCUAGUAAUGCAAAGCAACAAAACAACAACUCCAUCAACCAACCGCUUCCCCUGACAAAUGCCAAAAGGAUACAGCAAUUAGCAGGCAACCUUCAUGCAAUCAAAAACCAAUACACUUGACAGAUUUUUAUUUUUUUUUUAUUCUGUUUUGGUUUUGAUUACAACCAUCGCCAUGAGUUCUGUGUGAGCAGUGACAUUUGGAACACUGCACCAUCAGCAUGGCUGGGGAUGGUCCACUUUUGAGCUCGUUGAUUUCAUUAAUUGUAUAAACAAACACCAAAGCAAAUACAGGGCAAGUUCGCUUACAGAGUGAACUUUUUUCAUUUUAUUUUAUUUUUUUUUUUGUUUUGAUUAACUUGAACAAAAACACCAAAAAAUUAGCACCAUCAUUAAAAUGUGGUGGUAUCGUCAAUCUGUGGUUUCCAGCACAUAGGGGGUGAUAUGGCAUACAAACAUACCGAAAAAUAGGUAUUUUGCCAUCGAUUGCAAUGACCGCAUUCUAAUGUGAAUGUUUCAAAAAAAAAAAAGUAUAGUCUUGCCUACAUCUGUCAAUGGAAUAUCAUUUUCUUAGAUGUAAAUCAAUCAUUUGAGUGAUGUACAAUUGAUGCAUGUUUUAAGGUGUUAUUAUAAUGGGUUGCAAUACCUUUGACAAAGAAAAAAAAAAAACUAAAUUGUUCUCUACUAACUCGUAUCGACGACAUUUGUAGUUUUUUACAUGAUGGCAUGAAAAUUUGUUAACUCAUGAAGUUUUGGCUCUUUGACUUAUCAAUCUUUGAAGUCAGCAUGCUGAUUUUAUAAGAUGACGAAGCAAAGUUCCCAUAACUCAUAUUGGGCCUUUGAACAGCAAAUGCCACAUUAAAACACAAACUAGUUUUUUCCAUCAAAUGUGGCAUCGUACUUUCCAGUCACCGGAAAUGUUAGCGGUUGAAUAAGGAUGAAACUAAGUUAGACCCUAACCGCUAUGACUUAGUAAUGCAAAUUUGCCCAAGAACACUCCAUUAAGGGACAGGGGCAAACUAUAUCAAAGAUUGCUGUCCGAUUCCAGUUUAAGCUUCUUUUUGUAGCCGAGUCCGAACGGCAUGCCGGCAUGUAAAACUUCAUUCCAUAGAGGUGUCGCACUGCGAUACGAUAGUGCCAUCGAUAGUUUGCCAGCUCUAAUGUGAGUGUCUGUUGAACUUCUGAUGUUUUGAAGCAGUACUUCAGUCCUUCUUUAGGCCAUGUAUUUACCGCGAAAGACAAGUACUAACCUGACAAUGUCGCUCAAUGUUAAAAAAAAAGUAUAAACAAGGAAUUCGGAGACCACGCCUCGCGAAUGCAACACAAGGAAUAUCAGGCCUCGAAGUUUCCCCUUUUCCCGCUGGGUUGUCCCACUGUUCACAAGUCCAGAUACCCAGCGGGAAAAAGCGGCGACUUCAAGACCUUAUAUCAUUUCUUUUUUUGCAUCCGCUAGGCCUGGCCUAGACAUAUCAUUCACUCGCGCUGCAAUCCAUGUCUUAUACUAAAAUCGGUUAAGAUAUGAAUUUUUGAGACUGUGGCUAGAUAUGCAAUAGCCAGAAUUUAGGUCUGACUGUACAAACAAAACCCAAUACCACAAAACCUUCUUUUUAAUUCCCCGUUAAUUAUAUUCAGUGAACUUCUUAUUGAAUAACGGCUGAAAUGGUCCUUCUCGGGGCUUUUUUUUUUUUUGGUUAUAAUCAAUCAACACCCCUGCAUGUCCCUUAUAUGUGCAGUGCAUUGCGUUGGAGAAGAUAGAUAACGAUCGGAGGGAGGAAAGACGGAGUAUUGUUUAUUGAUGUUUAUUUUGAAUUUCUGGAUGUCGUAGGUAACGGGAAAGACAUCUGCCGGAAGUCGAUUCCACAUACAAACCGUCCUUGUGAAAAAACAAUUCUCUCGGCAGUGCAUGGUCCGCUCGGCUGGCCAAUCGAUUACAAACCGAUGUGAGCUUCUAGAAAAUCUUGUACUUCUAACAAACAACCUCAAGUCAGGAAUCAGAAGAAGUAUAAGAAUCGAUAGAACAGCGCCACACAACCCACAUUUCGACGACGUUCAAGAGAAACAAUUGAGUUGGAUACCCUGCCAUCUCCAAUCAAAACCAACGUCCGCCUCGGAGCACGGUCAAGCAGCUCCAUGGAUGAUUUGAAGCUCCGGCCAGUAUAGAUAUUAAGAAGAUCAGAGGGAGUGAAAUAUUUAUAACACCGCUUAAGAAGGCCCAAGCACUUGAAUGCUUCCUUCGACUCUUUGAAUACAUGGUUGGCCAACGGACAUCACAUUUCAUCUUCAUGCCCAGAACAUCAAGAGUCUCUGACUGCUUGAUAUCUACACCGUCGAUAGAUAUUGACGAUUGUAAAGCGACUGCAACGUUCCGACAGGAAUGCCAUCAGGUCACCUGUGGAGCGAUUUCUGCGGAACUCAUACUGUCGGUCGCUAAGAAGACCAUUGGACUCUAAGUAUUUCACAAGAUGGUGAUUAUCCAUGCUUUCCAUAACCUUGGAAAGCGCGGAGCGCAAUGCUAUUGACCGGUAAUUCACAGGGCUGGACGCCUCACCCUUCUAGGGGAUAGGCUGCACGUUCAUAAUCUUCCAACGCGCCGGGAAAACACCUGCACGGUAAGCAAGGUUGAAAAGAUUACAUAAAGGACGAGUGAACGUCGAAGAAUACUUGCAUAGAACACGUGAUGAUAUGCCAUCCGGGCUUGGGGAUUUAUUUAUGUCGAGAUCCUUAGCUUUUACCAUUGAAUCAAAACCAGAAUCUAGCUGAAGUCAUAGCUAUCAGAGAAUUCGCUCCGCCUUUCCUUUAGGGAAUGGUUCGGGAACAUUUUUAAAAGCUCAAAAAAGUGUUCAUUAUUGUCUGAAAAAAAGCAUUUUUGAGAAAAUUGAAUUUUCAAUGUCUGUUUUUCUAAAGUAAAGGAGAUAUUAAUCAGCUUUUAAGACCCUCCCUACAUAAAAUUUAUGUAGGUUACAAAUCGCAAACUGUUCGAAACCCGUCUCAUAUUCAGAAUAUUUCUAAUAUGCAAAUUUGCAAAUUUUGCCCAUGAACAUUCCAUUAAUGAGUGCUGUCCGAUUCAAUUUUAAGCUCAAAGAUAAGGGACCUCCUUUUUAUAGCCGAGUCCAUACGGCGUGCCGCAGUACGACACCCCUUUGAAGAGAAGUUUUUACAUGACAUAAAACCUCACAAAUGUUGCCAGCAUUAGGAGGGGAAAACCACCGCUGAAAAAUUUUCUGAUGGUCUCGCCAGGAUUCGAACCGAGGCGUUCAGCGUCAUAGGCGGACAUGCUAACAUCAGCGCUACGGUGGCCUCCACAUUUCUAAUGUAGAGAAAUACAUAGAUUUUGAAAGGGAAAGUAAUUACCUAUUAAUAUUUCGAAAAUGUCUCGGAACUAGGAACCUUAUUAGGAUUAUUAAAACAAAUAUUUCGAAUUGGUUUUUUAUGGUCAUUGGUCGAACUUCAUUCUAUUUCAAUGCCACUUCUUAUCAUCUGCUAAGCACAUUUGUAUUGAAUGAAUUUUACAAAAUUGCCACUGCACAACAACAACAGCCAAUUUGAAGUGCAAACAAGAAAAAAGUGACCAAUUUUAACUGCAUCUCGAGGCAUGGCUCUAUGAAGCCCCACAAAAUGACAGCCAAUGCAAAACCCCAUGUACACAACACCGACAAAUGAUGAUGAUUUCGUUUUAAGGACUCACACACACACUCACAUGCAAACAUAUGCAAAUGCAAUUUGCUCCCAUAUGACACAUACAUACAUAUGCAUGUAUGUGGAUUGCCUACAACACACGGUUAAGCAGCCAUCACUGCUGCCAUAAUGAAAACAGCAGCAGCAACAACAAAUGAAUGAAUUUACUCCACAGCAACUUUAAAUGUGCCAACCAACUAACCAACCAACAAAAACAGCCAUGGAAAUGAACAACGAAAUUGCUCUACAUUCGCUUUCGAUGCUUAUUUUUAAGCUUUAUUGCCACUCUCGUUAACUUGGGUUCAUUUCGUUUUAUUUUGCCCCUUUUUGUUGUGGCAUAGUUUUGUGUUGUAAAUCACUUGCGAAACACAGAGGUAGUAGUUGAAGCAAAAAUAAACAAACAAGAAAACUAAAACAAAAACAACCAAAACAAAAUCUACAGAGAAUUUGCGGCGUGACCCUGAUUUAUGAACAAAAACAAAAAAAGAAAAUCAAAAGUCUUCCAAAUGAAAGGUCGUUGUUGCCUCUAGAGCACACACACAUACACAUACCAACCGGAGGAGACCAUCCCUCCCCGAUCCCCUCCAGCUGAACACUCACGCAAGCCUCCUGCUCCAUACAAAAAAAAACACUCCUCUCCGCCCCUCGCCUAAAACCAUUAAACACUCACUUCAUUUCCAACUAAAGUGCCGACUAAAAGGAAUAUUUCAGUCUAACGUUUAUUUCAAUGCUUGGAAAAAAGAAAAAAAAAAACACCCGAGAGGGAGACAAUGUUUUUUUUUUAAUUCGCCUUAAAUAUAAUCCCGAAGUACACACAUUGAAAAUCAUGCCAAAAAAAGUAACUACGCACCCGGUUAUGAAAGGCAGUGUGAUCUCUAUCACGCCCUUCCCAUCAAGUCAUUAUUAAUUAAAGUACCUGACAAUAGAAGCAAUAGCUAACUCUAACUCUCUCUCUCUUUGUCUCACUCUCUUCCUAUCACUCUUUCACUUUAGCUCUGCACCAAUUGAGGGGGACACCCCACAAACUAUCUCACUCCCAUUGUUUUUGUACUCGUACUUCAAACAAUAAUUUUCCUCCCUCUCCCAGUCACACUUGCAAACUCACACUCUGUUUCAUUAGCACUCACCACAGCGUCCUUAUUGGAGCCUAGCCUUUUUAUUGCGAAUCUUCGUUGUGUUGCAUUCCCUUGGGCCUCUUGAGAUUUUUGCCACUUAAAUAACAAAACAUGCAAAUGAGCGCUGCCUUGCCAAUGUACAUAUGUGUACAUACCUACCCAACCAACAAACAAAAAAAGAAAAACACAAAGUGUUAAGUUUUUAGCUUUUGAAUAAUUUUGGCUUUAUUGAUUUUUGAGACAUCUACACAAACAAUGAACAUGCAGCACUGGAUUGUAUCGGUUUCAAUUUCGAUCAUUAAGCAAAAACAAGUGAAAUGCAAAAAAAAAAUAACAAAAUACCAAAAAUAAUAUCAUCUCCAAAGAACACAAGAAGCUUGAAUCACACGCGCACACACACACACACACCACCCCACCCCACCACACCCCACGCCUAGCUCACGUGCAUCAUGAAUACACCAAACAUUUUCAAGCAGGCAAAACAAAACCAAAAACAAAACAAGGACAUUAGUUUAAGUGCAUAGCGUAAAUGUAUGUAUUUUUAAUAAUCAACACCAAAAACGCAGCAGCAGCAACAUUUAAAUGAAAACAAAAACCAAAACGGGUACUUUUAGAAUGAAAACCAAAUAAAUAAAAAAUAAAUAAAUAAAUUUAAAAAUCAACAACAACAACAAAUCAAUGUUACUUCUUCCGCUAGGGUUGUGAUUGAAGAAAACUAUCUUUACGAUCCACAACACUCGCCAUCAUGCCACCCGCAACAAAAACCCUUCACCAGCUGCCACUUAGGGCAACCAAAGGCGGAAUUAGUCAAACGUAACACCUCGCAACGUCAUUAGCAAUUAGUUGUAAUUCCAUUAAGCAAACAACGACAUGUAUUUCUCAGUAAGUCAUUUCCCAACUUUGUUUUCUCGCUGGACGUUACAUUUGACUAUUCCGGGCUUCUAAAAACUCUUAGCUGGGUUAACGCUUCUCACAGUCCCUGCCCUCUCAUGUUCGCUAAAAGAGAAAAGCAACAACAACAAACACGCCAUUCAUUAUGCAUUCAACUUUUGUAAUAUAGAAAAUUAAGGACAGCCAGAUUGGCCCAUUCGCAUAUUCUUACAUUUAUACAUAGCCAUUUAAACACACACACACCCACACAUCAAUGCAUAGAAAACAUACUCCAUGCAACACAAACAUGACAUACAUAUAACUUUGAACUUAUUACUAAGCGAUUUUUGUGAGUGUAUUAUAUUAUAAUAAUAAACAAAUUGAGAUUAGGUUAAAGCAAAUUUUUUUAAACAAAAUCCCCCUCCCCCUUCCCCAUAAAAAAAGCAAAAAAAAAAACAACCAAGAAACAAAAUAAAGUUGGCGAUGAUCAUUAUUAUGGGGCUAAUCAUGAUAAUGUAUGAAUGAUGAUGUAUGAAUGUAAAUUUGAUUUAAGUGAAACUUAGGUAAAUAAUACAUAAAUACAUGCAAACAAACAAACGUACAUACAUAAAACAAACACACCCACAUUAACAUCAACAUCAACAUUUACAAACAUACAAACAUACAUACAUAUAUUUUUUGUAUGCAUUCCAUUGAAUAAAUAAGUAGCAACAACACAAUAACCAAGAAAACAAGUAACAAUACCAGCAACAGCAUCAGUUAUAACUACAACAACAACCACAAGAGCAAGAAAGUACUCUUGCUCUCUCUCUCUCUCACACACUCUUUUUAGCAGCAAUUUAAAAUGUAAAUUCUGAAUUGAAAUUCCAUUUCGCUUUGAAUAUACAAAAGCUCCACAAAAACCAAAAACAAAGUGGAGGGCAAAUCAAAAAACAACAACACAGGCAAUGGCAAUGUAUAAAUCAACGUUGGCAUUUAGCCUCAAGUCCUAGUAAAGUUGGCUCCUCUAACCCUUUUAGGGUCACACACACAAUAAAGGAAAUGCAUUUUUGGUUUGACAAUUUCAUUGCAUAUUUUUAGGAUCCUCUUUUCCCCAUCUCAGAAAUAUCAAGAUAAAAAAUUAAACUCAAUAUGAGCUCACGGGUUUUAUGUCCUGCUGAGACGUUUGUCUGUCGCUUCAGAGUGCCCCUGUUAUAUCACAAUGGACUAAAAUUGUUCAAGUGCGUCGACCAAUUAAAAUUCUGGCGAAAAUAUUUUCCAGCGACGCAAGUAUUUCAGCUACCAUUUAAUUCCACCAAGACUCAUGCAGCUUCGCGAAACCAUGACUAUGUUAGGGUAUCACCUCCUAUCCAACUAUAUAGUAAGCGAAGAUCCUAACUAUGAAUUCCAUAAUGUUUAAUGUGAUACAGCAUACGCUGAAGCCGAUAACACCAAAAUAAAGUUGAAGACCUUUGUAAGAUUUGCUAGUAGAGACUAAUAUUAGCUGAAACCCGGAUGCUGAGCGUAGCAAUGGGCAAAUACAUACACACUAUUGUAUUUUAAUGUAUACAUACAAAUGGAAAUAAAUCCAUGAGCUUGAUAAUAAUGUGCACAUGUGUUAGUUUGUCCAUAAAUGGCUUAGAGUCUAUAUGUCAGCCAAAUAUAUAUAUCUCGCCAGGAUUCGAAUCCAGGCCUUCGGCGUUAUAGGCGGACAUGCUAACCUGUGCAAUACAAAAGCCUCCUUCGCAUCAGCUAUCCUAUGUAUUAUUGAUCGCCUUUACAUUCUAAGUCGAUCUAGCCAUGUCCGUCCGUCCGUCCGUUUGUCGAACUCAAAAUAGCGAUAAAACGCGUCGAGCCAGCGGCUUAACAUUUCGAAAACAUACUUCUUAUUGAUGUGUAGAUUUGGAUAUAUCUCCUACGUAAAGUGGUCUUUCGACUUGACUUCUUGAGCCCUUCCAAGUCUCCAUUUUUGUCCGAUUUCGCUGGUAGUUUACUGUUACGACUUCCAACAAUAAUGCCAGUGCACUGCUAAUCGGCCUUUGAACUAGAGUUGGCAAAAUAUCGAUAGCGCUGUCGUUAUUUUAUUUUUUGUCUGAAUAUCGAUUGAUAUUUUUCCUAUCGAUUAUAUUGCCAAAGUUCAUAUUUUUUGCAAAAUUUAACAGAAAUGAGAGUUCCGACACUGAAUGUACAGACGAAACGAAACUUGAAAAGUGAAAAAUCCCGCUUAAGUGAAACUUGAACCAUUUAAUUUUGGUGUUAGACAAAGCAAUUGAGUUUGCUUAAGAGAAAAUAUCGCUAAUCUGAAAAAGUUUUUACACCCCAAAUUCUUAAAUAAGUGAAAAAGUUAUCUCUAUGGGAAACCAUCUGAAAUUAAAAAAAAAAAAAAAUUGCAUCAUCAGUAAAAUUUGCAAAAACAAAUUUUAAUAUAUAGCUUAUGGUUAUCCUUGACUCUUAAAAAGUUCUACCGAGCAUCACUCCUUUUCAACUCAAAAUAUUUCAUACAUUAUUAGUACUUUCACGUGAAAAUUUGCUUGCAUUUAUGCUCAUAUUGCUUAACUGGAAACUGGAAAUUGCACUUAUCAGAACUACGCUUAAGUGAAAAUUGCUGAUAAGUGAAACCAAAUCAAUGUAUUUCUAGCGUUUUUUUCGUCCGGUCUCGACUGUAUCCUCUAAGACACUUUACGCCUAAAGAGGGCGCAAUUAUCAUCCGAUUGGACAAAAAAUUGUACAAUAAUUUCUCUCAUGACUUUCAAAUGACUUAUUAAAUUGGGUUUUACUGGUCUGUGCAUUGACAUUGCUUCUAUAUAAAACGAUCUAAUGUUUUUAUACCCACCACCAUAGGAUGGAGUAAACUAAGUCAUUCCGUUUGUAACACCUCGAAAUAUUGAUCUAGAACCCCAUAAAGUACCUAUAUUCUUGAUCGUCUUGACAUUCUAAGUCGAACUAGCCAUGUCCGUCUGUCGAAAUCACGGUAGUGGUCGAACACGUAGAGCUAGCCGUUUGAAAUAUUGCACAGAUACCUUAUAUUGAUGAAGGUCGUUGGGGAUGGCAAAUGGGCCAUAUCGGCUUAGAUUAGGAUAUAGCUCCCAUAUAAACCGAUCUCCAGAUUUAACAUCUUGAGCCCCUGGAAGCCGCAAUUUUCAUCCGAUUUGUCUGAAAUUAUGCACAUUGUGUUUUUAGCAGAAUCCAUGGUGGUGGCUUCCCAAGAUUCGGAUUUACACAGCUGAUUAACAAGGUAUUUGAUUCACUAAUGUCGCCCGAAUAAGUAUGGUUUAUAUAUUUAUUCAAUGGAAUUAUUAUUAUCCAUACCUUCGCGAAGGGUUGAUUAGUAGUUAUCUUCGUCGCCGCUACUUUACAGCUGUUUAUUUGGACUUCUUGAGCUUCUAGAGGGCGCAAUUCUUAUCCGAUUUGGCUGAAAUUUGCCAUAAAGAUAUUCGUUAUGACUUCCAACAACAUUGCCAAAUAAGGAUCAAAUCGGUUUAAAACCUGAUAUAGCUCCAUAUAAACCGAUCUUGGAUCUUAACUUCUUGAACCACUAAAAAUUUUGCAUGAAGUGUUUUGUUAUGACUUUCAAUAACUGCGAUAAAUAUUGGUCAAAUCGCUACAUAACCUGAUAUAGCUGCCAUAUAAACCAAUCUGGCAUCUUCACUUCUAAAGCCUCUAGAGGGCGCAAUUCUUAUACAAUUUUGCUGAAAUUUUGUACAACGGCUAUUCCCAUAACCUUCAACAAACGUGUCCAAUAUGGUCUUAAUCGAUCUCUAGCCUGAUACAGCUCCCAUAUAAACCGAUCUACCGAAUAUGCUUCUUUAGCCCCUAAAAGGCGCAAUUCUUAUUCGCAUGGAGUGAAAUAUUACCCAACGACUUCUGCUAUGGUCUUCCACAUUCAAUUUACUUAGGGUUGAUAUAUCUCCAAUAGCGUAACUAUUCUUUUCAAUUAUUCUUUGUUUGCCCAAAAAGAGAUACCGCGCAAAGAACUUGACAACAUUCGAUAUUUCUAAGAAUAAAUAUCGAUAAUAUGGUUAAUUUCCCAUCGCCUAUAUGUCAAACGAAAAUAAGAUGAUAGAUCGAUUCAUUUAGAGGCAAUGUCAAUUUACAAACUGACGUUUUAUUUAGUUCGAAGUCAUUUUACAAAAUUUUAGUCCAAUCGGAUGAAAAUUACGCCCUCUAUAGGUGCAUUGUAUCUUAAAGGAUCCAACCAGUGUCGGAUGGCUUAUUUUUUUUUCAAUUCGCUAAAAAAAGUAUCAAUCGAUAUUCACACAAAAAAUAAAAUACCCAUAGUGCCAUCGAUAUUUUGCCAGUUCUAGUUGGCAUGUCCGCCUAUAAUGCUGAACAUCUGGGAUCGAAUACUGGCAAGAACAUCAGAAAAUAACUUUCAGCGGUGCUUUUCCUCUCCUAAUGAGCAUGUCCGCCUAUGACGCUGAACGGCUCGAUUUUGAAUCCUGGCAGGAACAUCAGAAAAACAACUUCUGCGGUGGUUAUCCCCUCCUAAUGGUGGAGAAAUUUGUGAGGUACUUUGCCAUAUAAAAAUUUCUCCACAAAGAGGUGUCGCUCUGCGGCACGCCGUUCGGACUCGGCUAUAAAAAGAAGUUCCCUUAUCACUAAACUCAAAACUUGAAUUGGACGGCACUCAUUGAUAUGUGAGAAGUUUGCCCCUGUUCUUUAAUACAAAUUUGCAUUUGUACAGCUGCAAGUUGUAACCUAUUCACACCAUUAUUUAAUAAUGAAUUAAUAAAACUGUUGUUUCUUACAAAAAAAAAACCUAUUAAGCUACAAUUGUAGCCAGAAGCUUUUUGCUACUUUUUUGUUAGCCUUUGUAUAUUCAAAGCAAAAUAAAUACAAAAAUUGGAAAAUAAGAAAAAUUGGCCAACAAAAACAUAGCCUCGUACAACAUUAAGCAUUAAAAUGGUAAUGCAAACGAAUCAACAGAGUAAUAGGAACAACAUCAUCAACCACAAUAGCAACAGAAACAGCAACAACAACAACAACAACUAUUUAAUUAAAGUAAGCAUCAUAAAUGUUUAAUGUAUUUUAACAAAAACGCAUUGAAACCAAGGAAAAAAAACCAAAAAAAAAACAACUCUUAAUUAUUAGGACAAAAGAUACGAAGCGAAACAAAGCAAAAAAAAGGAAAACUAAAACAAAACAAAAACAAACAAAAUAAUGCAUUUACAUUUCACAUAUGAAUUACAAAUUUAAAGCAAACAAUUAAACUGUCAACAUGUAAACAAAUCACACACACACACAGACAGGGAAACACAUACGCAUACUUACACAUAGCCAACUGAACAGAAAUGCAAACAGGAAACGGAAUGGAAAAAUUGUCAAACAUGAAUGGAUGAAAAAAAAAUAACACAAAGCCAUACUUACACACAUCUGCAUUAGACACACAUCUACACUGUCACAUACACAUAAACAUACACUUAAAAUUAGCAAAAGGAGAAGAUGAGAAACGCCGCAUGUGUAUAAAAAAACAAUUUUAUAGACUAAUAAUUAUAAAAAAAUUAAAAAAAAAAAAUGCAACAACAAUGAAUGCAAGGAUUUAUUAUUUAAAAAAUAAUAAAUUUCAACAUUUUUUGAACUUAUUCAACACAACAAAACAAAAGAAACAGAACGAAAAGCAAGACAAAAACAUAAAGUCGAAGAUGCAUAAACAAAACAGAAAAAAACUCAAAACGAAGAAGGCAAAUCAACAACAACACUAGGCUAACUAUAAGAACAAGAAAUUAUGGCAUUAUUAAGUAUUAACUAAACAAAACAAAAAACAACACAAAAAAGACAACUACAAAAAUAAACAAUUCAUCAUUCGAAAAACAAAAAACAAAAAACAGAACAAACAAAAUGUGAACUUAAACAAACGAGUAAAAAAACACAAAAAUUUAAGAAAUUUAAACUAAUGGCAAAGACAAAACAAAAAAAUAACAGAUAACAACAAUAAUACAAACCCGAAAAGGAAUAACAAAAAUAAUUAUUAUAUAAAUGUUACGCGUUAUUAUUAAAUAAAACAA